GCACGCUUUUGUUCAAACUCAGAAGUCAGACAGUCCGUCAUUGACAAAGGUGCGUGUAUACGUUUCUUGACAAAAGUGUUCAUAAAACGCCGAUAGCAACAGUUGUGGCUCUCGUCAGACGCGUUCAGCUCGUUGUACUGUUAACCUUCACUGACAGCUUUGGAUGCUAAAGUAGUUUUUUCGUUGUACUUCGGUCGCGUGAAGUUUUUCAAACAGGGACAGCAAGGUGUCGCGAGCGACGCAACUGGAGACCUGGAAGCGGGGGGAGGAUUUUCCUUGAACCAGGCGGUUGAGUUGGAGUAUGACUGCUACCAUGUACAGUCACUAGACAUUUAACAUUUUCUUCGACAGAGAGAAGAGAAGUAAGCUUAUGCUACCCUUCAUCCUCCUCCCCGCUGGAUAUCUAUGGAGAAGGUGUCCCGUUUGGUCUCACUCUUGGAGUUACUUGCGUCCGAGACUUCACCGUGAAUGUUGAAUUCACCGACCUGGAUAGUAGGAAAGGACUCACUUAACCUCAUUUGAAUGCCUUUGCAAGGAGUUUGCUGGUUUCUGUGCUGCAGGCAGGGCUUCAGUUUGCUCGGACGGGACUAUGGGGAGAAAGAGGAGGAAGAGUCUUUUGAAUUGCGCAACAAGGAGGACUUGACUCCCAAUGGACGGAGUCCAGCUGAGGUGACGGUUUCUCAACCAACUCGCACAGCCAAUGGAACAAAUGGGCACACUGUCUCAGAGGUGUCUGAAGAGAUGAAGAGCCUGAUCAUUGAGAAGAAUAAGAUGGGGCUAGAGGAAGAGCCUGAACUGCUGGUUAAAGGGUGGCUGCUGCGGGAGGUGCGAGGAAACUGGAUUAAGCAGCGUCGGUACUGGUUUGUGCUGAGCCAGGACUCACUCGACUACUACAGCGGACCAGAGAAAGGAGCCCGCAGACUGGGCACACUGGUCCUCACCAACCUCUGCUCUGUCAUCUGGCCCGACAAGCAGACCUACAAAGAAACAGGCUACUGGAGCAUCACGGUAUAUGGACGGAAGCACUGCUACAGGCUAUACACCAAGCACUUCAACGAGGCUGUGCACUGGGCAUGUGCCAUCCAGAAAAUCAUUGAUACCAAAGCACCCGUAGAAACGCCAACACAGCUCCUGAUCCGAGACAUCGAGGAGAAUAAGUUCAACCCUGAGGUAGUGGAGAACAUCUACCAGCACAACCCCAUCCUGAAGUACACCCAGGGCCCCCUGUACGCCCCUCUGCUUCCCUUCCCCUAUGGAAGCCUGGAGCACACAUGUAAGUAGUUAACAUCGGGAAAGGCUAUCGGCUCAGUGCGUGAGGAGGCCGUGAAGCUCUUCAACUGCCUGCAGCAGCUGGAGUCUGCACGGGAGCCGGUUCCCAUUAUCCAGGGCGUGCUGCAGACCUGCCUGGACCUGCGGCCCCUCCGCGACGAGGUCUACUGCCAGCUAGUGAAGCAGACGAGCUACACGCCUGCCCCAUACACCGCCGCACACCUCCGCUAUUGGCAGCUUCUCACCUGCAUGAGCUGCACCUUCCUGCCUGGGCCCACCAUACUCAAGUACCUGCGAUUCCACCUCAAGAGGAUUCAGAGCCAAAGUCCUGAGUCGGAGAUGGAUAACUAUGCGUCAUUCAUCAGCGAGGCUCUGGAGAAGACCAAGUGUCGGGAGUGUGUGCCAUCCUGGGAGGAGAUCCAGAUGCUGAUGAGCAGACAGGAGAUGCUGUGCACUGUGCACUAUCCUGGCCCCGGAUCCUGCCAGCUCUACAUCAGCUCACACACUACUGCCAAUGAGGUGGUUCGAAGGAUGCAGGAGAAGCUCGGCCUGCAAGAGAGCAAGAACACAUUUGCACUAUACGAGCAGAAUGCACUGUGGGAGCAGCCGGUGGCAGGCAGCGCUCUGAUCGCAGACAUCCUGACCAGGUUUGAAAACUUCUCCACCAAAGAGUCAGAAUCUAAAUCCCAAUGGAAACUGUGUUUCAAGCUCUACUGCCUGUUGGAUGCUGACAGCAUAUCAGUGGACAGCAUUGAGUAUCUCUUCCUGUUUGAGCAGUGCCAUGAGAUGGUUGUGCGUGGCCAGCUGCCAGCGUGUGAAGAGGACCUACAGGCCUUAGCUGCCCUGAGGCUUCAGUGUCUGAUGGGUGACUUCAGCACGCACGCACCUUGCCCGCCUCUGGACGAGCUUUUCCCUGGUCACAUGCUCGAAGCUCGGGUCCUCAUGUCUCUCUCUGCCCCGCAAGCCCUUGCUCCCUGUCUGGUGGCAGCUCAGGGCUGCCCCACGACGCAGCGCUUCCCCACAGGCCUCCUAGCGGGGACGCUGUGGAGCCACACAGCUACGGCAGCACACAAGCAAAAGGUGGAGCAGGACAUGCGUCUGCGGAGCCGGCUGAAGGAGGAGGCAGCAGCUGUCAUGGGAUCCAUUUUGGAGCGUUGGAAAGGUCUGGCCGGCUACAGCCGCAGGGACAGUAUGGCCGCCUACCUCACAAUUGCACGCCAAUGGUCGGGCUUUGGAUGCACUCUAUAUGAAGUGGACUUUUAUAUUAGUUCGACAGGGAGUUUUUCCCAGAAGCUGUGGCUGGGUGUAGCUGCUACAUCCGUGUCUCUGUAUCGGCAGGGAGAAGCAGAAGCCCUGGAGUCCUUUCCUUAUGGCCAGAUCUGCUCCUACGGUGUAUCUGACAGCAACACCUUCAAGAUCACAGCUGGGGAUCGGGAUCUGCUAUUUGAAACCACCAAGCUGACUGAGAUCAUGCAGCUGAUGAAUGCGUAUUUCAGUGCCAUCCGUCACCAGCGAGGGAAAGGAGAAGAUGCAGACGUCACCAUAGCAGAAAGCACAGGGGUGGGCUUCCAUCACCUGGCCUCGACACAGACGCCUACCCUCCUGGAGCUGCCCUCGCACCCCUGUUUGAGAGGAGCCCAUACCCUGACCCCCCACCCCCUCCACCGUCCUCCUCCACGUGGCCCCUGUGAGGCCCAGCCCUACUCCUCAGGACCCUGUGCCUCCUCCGCUGGGAACGGCACGGCAGCCAAAACAAAGAGAGGGCUGUUUUCGCUCCCCAUCCGUGAAAAUAAACCCUCGCUGAGCUUUCCAGCCAAAGGAGCUGGCCGAUGGAGGAGGGAGGGAGCAGGAACGAGAGAGGACGGGAAGGCAAGGGGUUCUGUUUUGCAAGUGAGGCCAGAAACCCACAGAAACCAAUGCGGUUGCUGAUGAGGUGUCACACACCCCCCACCCCAUCCUGUCACGCAAACCACCUCUGUUACCCUACAUGGCAACACCCCCCACCCCCACCCUAGCCCAACCUCGCUCCACCCCCCUCGACAAUGUGAGACAUUGGCGUGAGCCUUGCUACAUCAGGGAGAGAUAGCAUCACAAGAUUUAGGACUUGUGGCAACAAUAAGCUGUGGUACUCCCCUCAUGAAGGUAUGGCUUAGAGUGAAAACACUACUCUCUUCUUUCUCUCUCUCUCAAAGUGUGCCAUAAUUGUAUUACCUUUCCUAGAAGGCAGUCGUCCCUUAUGCACUGCUGGAAUAGUGCUGAGAACAUUCAGUGACAAACCCUGCCCUGUCUUUGGCCCUCUCUUACUCUGUCACACACACACACACGCACACACACACACACACACACACACACACACACACACACACACACACACACACACACACACACACACUGACUCCCUUUCUCACGUGCCCUUAUACUGACAUGUUCAUCAGAGACAGUUAGUUUUCAUAAGGUCCCGGCUGGGCUUGCAUUACCUGGAACUGUUGAUGCAGUGAGCCAUGUGAACUUGGAACUGGAAACAGAUGUUGAACUCUGUAGCUAAGUCACUUUGGCUGCCACGGCCUUAUAGACUUUUACUUAUGGGAUUAUCAGUUGUGUGUGUGUUAUGUGUGUGUUUGUGUGUGUGCGUAUGUGUGUAUGUUUGAUCAAGAAAACCAUUUCCUGGAUGACACAUUCAGGAUCUGGGGUAAUUGUGUUUCACAGAAACCAAAGGAUUUUGGAGUUGUUUGUACAUUGUUUCCACCAAAUGCUCUGAUUCGUCCUUUGUUGUGCUGCUUGUCUGGGCUGUAAUCCUCGACAUGAAACUUGGUUAACACUUGACUGAUUGGAUAAUUUUGCUUAUGUCAGUUACUAUUCUAAUGCAGCUCUGCUCUGCUGAAAAUAACAGGUGCUUCUCUGUUUAUUAUUGUUAUUUUCACAAUGUAAAUAUCAUGGAAGAAAUUGAACCUAGAAUACACAUAAAACCCCCAGUCAAUUAUGUGGAUCAUUUAAGAAGUGACACCAUAUUUACCAUGUGGAGCCCCAUCUGUCCCCUAUCUAAGCAGACACUUUUCUAAUCAGGCCAUUGAUGCUUUUGUAGUAUUAUUUAUGCAGACUUUUUGACUGUCCUUUAUGUCUUAAUUGCAGACCCAGGUGCAUUUUGAUAUUUGGUUUGCUUUAACUGAUCAGAGCAGUGAAUGCUUUUGGUUCAGAUGUGUAAAUCCUGUGUAGCUCCUUCUUUGUGUUCAGUUUUAGUUUUCUUGUGAAACCAAAGUCUCACCAAGUCAUGGGUUUGAGCAUGGACCAAAGAUGUUUGUUUUAUAAUGAGCUUUUAUAACAAGAUAUUCUCCUGAAGCAGACCGAUCCUCCCCAAUAUAUUAGACUUGUUUUACAUUUUUUUCUUUACACUAGAACAUCUUGAAAUAUGAAGACUUCCUGUUUUAUACAUCAUACACCUUAUUUUAUUAUAGUAGAUGACCAUUUAGGAAUCUGAGUACAAUUGGCUUUUAAAGAUAAUUUUACAGUAAUGUCUGCCACACAACCCCAUGCAAUAACUUCAGCUUCAAAACUAAAAUUUUCUCACCAUGGACGGCCUUGAUGAGUCAUUGCACAGUCAGCCCUGUCUCCUGCUCAGAAGCAGGUCUUUUGCUUUUUUUUACUGCAGCUGCAGGCAGCUCCAAGCUACAUGUAUGAGAAGAAAAAAAAAAAUCAAACUGCAGAUGUUGUUGCUUUGUAUUAUGCUUGUUUGUAUGCUGCACGGUACCUUUUUAUGUUACGUGUGUAUAGUCAAUUGCACUAUUGUUUGUUUUUAACUAACUUGGAAGUGCAAUAAAAAACUAUAAAUACUGUAUGUAAUUAAUAAAAAUGGCACCAUUUUA